UAAAACAAAGUAACUGCAUAGUCGAUUUGAAGUGCAAUAUGCAAGUAUGUUUAUAUAUACAUAAGUUGUUCUUCAUUGUUUUCACAUAUCAAAUAAGUACGAAAGUUAAUGCAAUACGUCAUAAUCGAUCAAAACAAAAUCAUAAAAAUAAAGUCUUGCGAGACAAAAUAAGAUCAUUUUUGGAUUUCACAAACCACGCUACUUCUGUACAAUUUAUUGAAAUGUCUCGUCCUCCCGAAGACGAUACUGCAAGAUGGGCAUUCUUUAUAAAUCGUCAAGGCCUGCUCAGUUGCGAUGACCAUCCAUUCCACAGCUUUUCAAGUGUAGGGGUGCAGAAAAUAGUUUUAGGAUAUGAUUGUUUCAUUACCACAAGCGUAUUAGCUGAUAUAGUACUGUCUCUUAUAGGAGUUCCACCGCAGCAUAAUGCACCAAAUAGAGAUGAUUACAUAGUCGUAAACAAAGAAAAUAUAUUACCAGAAAAACUACAUUUAUUUGAAAAAUUAAAAGAUGACGAGUGGUUAUUUUAUGAUAUUGACUAUGAUUUCAAUAGCGCUGGCCAUUUUGGGCCCCAUAAACAUACCACCAAUGGAUUUUCCACGAUAGCACCAAAGAUUGAAAACUUUAAAAUACGUAUUGGCGAUAGUAAAGGUUUCAGUUUAUAUGACAUCAUCAAAAUAAAUUUGCUCUAUAAUUAUAUUUCUAAAUAUAAAGGAGACGAGAAAAAAACAUUGUCUAAAUGUGACAAACUAUUUGAGCCUGGUGAAAUGUUGAACCAUGUAAAGUUAGCUGUUGAGAUUAAAAAUCCGAAACCAAGAAAAAAGCCUAGUAAAUAUCUAGUUUUACCUGUUGAAAAUGAUAAUGAAAACAAGAACGAUAAAAAUAUUAACGAAAGUAGCGAAGAAAGUGAUAAUCAAGAUACUAAUUUGAUGAUUGUUCCUUUGCAUGGUCGCCAGAUUCACCCAUUAAAAGUAAAAUCAAAAAUGGAAUUACUCGAAUUAUCUGAUUAUGGAUCUGAUGACUCUAAAUUUGAUCCUAAGAAAUUUCGGGGUGUUGGAUGA